AUGAAGACGCUAAAACCACAGCUUCACAUCCAUAUUAAUAACAACCAGAAGGCGAUCGGGGUUGACUCUUUCAAGACUCCUGUUGAACAGACACUACAGACACCUUCAAAUCCCCCCAAUCACGCUGGAGGAAGUAGUUUCUUUCCUUCUACAGCUGGUGAUCCGGGCUUAGAUAGUGGGUUUCAAACUCCCUACAACGGUAGCAGAAACGCGUCUGCGAUAUCGAUAGGGAUUUCCAAAGAGCACCCAAGUUAUCAGAACGAUGGAAUGGAUUUGGACGAUAUUGAGAGGCCGUUUCCCCUUACAAAGUGCUCUUCAGUCUCCUCCAUGGCCUCAUCGAUAAUGGCUGAAACAGAGCCAUUGAUUAACAAUAUCGAAUUUGAAGAACGUUUUGACAUGCUUCUAUCUGAAAUUUACAUGAGCUACUCAAUGAAUCCAGAAACUACUCCCUUUAACAUUAGGUUUCCUCCCGGAGGGGUCAUUUCAAUGGUGUCUAAGGACGUUUUUGAUAGAUGUCUGAAAGAUAAGAUCCCAUUGGACAGAAAUCCCGCAAUAAACCAUGAAUUGUUUUCCACUAGGGAGCCAUCUGUGGUACUUGCUAUCAUCCGUAAACGGUUACUAGAUUUCUGUAACCGAAACAUGGACGCGGACUCUCAAUACAGUCUAUCCCGGCAAAAUUCGGCCUGUUCAAUUAAUUUCCCUCAAACUUCACAAGCCCCCUUCUCUGCAGGAUCAUCAUUCUCAUCUAAUGCAUCGACCUCAAGCACAACACAGGCGCCUAAAAUGCAACGUGGAAAGCCUUCGUGGCUACACAGUAAUCUCAAUUCAAGAACAAUCUCUAGUACAGAUUCGUUGGUUGAUAGCGUCUCCCCACAGUUUUAUAAAAACAAGAAGAGUAAUGCAGGAUUCACGAUGGUUACUCCCCCCUCUUCUUCUCAAGGAGCAGGCUCAUUUGUGGACGAGUUCAGUUUUGAAAGGAAGGAGCGAUCGAACAACUCGACAACGUCUAGCAAUGUGACUGGAAUUGCAAGCGCGGGUCAGGGAAGAAUCCAGCCUCAGGUAUUGUCUGUUCCAUUUAACGUGCCUUCAACCACUAGCCCUCAAUUUGCGAGUCCAAUAUUUACAGGAAGCUCGGAUGGAGUUCCAGUUCUUCAAUCACCUUUCCACGAAAAGGGCUCCUAUUUUGGGAACAACACUCUAUCUGCAGGCACUACCAAGCCUCCGAAUACCACUAGGAAGUCUUCGCUCAGUAACGUUAUCAAUGCUGGAAGUGUUUCUGCACUGAAAGACCCAUUAGAUCUUGAUUUGGACCCGUUAUACAACGUUACAUCUCAAAGAAAACGAGAUUCGCUCAAGCUUAAACGAAACUUGAGGUAG